GGCUGGAGAGCUGGGCUGGAGCCAAUGGAAUGAGUUUCAACAAGGCCAAAUGCCGGGUCCUGCACUUCGGCCACAACAACCCCAGGCGACGCUACAGGCUUGGGGCGGUGUGGCUGGAGGACUGCGUAGAGGAAAUGGACCUGGGGGUAUUGAUUGAUGCUCGGCUGAACAUGAGCCGACAGUGUGCCCAGGUGGCCAAGAAGGCCAAUGGCAUCCUGGCUUGCAUCAGAAACAGUGUUGCAGGCAGGAGCAGAGAGGUGAUUGUUCCCCUAUAUUCAGCACUCGUGAGGCCGCACCUCGAGUACUGUGUCCAGUUUUGGGCCCCUCACUGCAAGAAAGAUACUGAGGCCCUGGAACGUGUUCAAAGAAGGGCAACGAAGCUGGUGAGGGGUCUGGAACACAGGCCAUAUGAGGAGAGGCUGAAGGAGCUGGGAAUGUUCAGCCUGGAGAGGAGGAGGCUCAGGGGAGACCUUAUUGCUCUCUAUAACUUCCUGAAGGGAGGUUGUAGUGAGCUGGGGGUCGGCCUCUUCUCUCGUGUCAUUAGGGAUAGGACCAGGGGGAAUGGUUUCAAGCUACGCCAGGGGAAAUUCAGGCUGGACAUGAGGAAGUAUUACUUUUCAGAAAGGGUGGUCAGGCACUGGAAUGGACUGCCCAGGGAGGUGGUGGAAUCACCGAGCCUGGGGGUGUUCAAGGAAAGACUGGAUGUUGCGUUGAGGGACAUGGUUUAGUAGGAGCUAUUGGGAAUAGGUGAACGGUUGGACUGG